UCAUGUUUGUUUUGGUAUGGCGUCCGCAAGACCUCUUCCAUCGCUGCCUCCAAGAAAUCUUCCUCCAAUUUUCAAGGAAGAUGAGGUUAAUCCUUCAAAACCACGUCAUGGGAAGGCGAAAAGAAAACCAAAGAAAGCAGCAUCGACUACUGAGAAAUCUGAUGUUGUUAAGACUAAUGAAACUAGAGUUGCAGUUCCUGACGUCGAUGGCGUCGGUAAAAAGUCUCAUAAAAAGAAAAAGCCGACCAGUGACAACACCACUCGCCACCUUCUCACAGACAAUCUCAGUCCCGACGAAUCGGAAGUUGACAGGCGUGUUCCUGAAAGUGUUUCCACCAAAAAGCCAAAGGCUGGGUCAACAGCUAAGAAACUCAUAGCAAAAAUGUCAACUGCCCAGGAAAACACCGCAUUUGAUAAUAAAGCCGAUGAUGAAAGCGAAGCUCCACAGAGAAAAAAGAAAAAACGGAAAAAAGACAAGUUAGUAGUAGAUACAUAUGGACAAGAUGAGGCCAUGGACAUCACCGUGCUAUCUGAUGACGUGGUGACGUCGGAGGAUGAGGAAGAGGUUGGAGAGCGCCUAGAGAGAAGCCAUGUUGCAGCCGCGCAGCCUAGGCAGCAUCUUGGCAAACUGUUCGUCGAAAACGAGAGGGGAUUUCAAAUGCGCGACUGGACCCAGCAUGAGAACCGACCACAGGCGCUAGACCUGGUACCUCUGGGGGUAGACCUGCCAUCUAGCACACCACAGGAUCUAGCCGUGUACACGCAGAAGGUUUUCCGUACGUUUGCUGUGUUUGCGCAUGGCCUACUCGCUGGCUUCGCGCUGUGGCAAUGCAUCGUCAUCUACACGCUCCAGGAACGAAGCAGUUCGUAUGAGGACUUUGUGGAUCACUACUGCAACGUGGCACUGCCGACAAACAGCCUUUACUAUGUGCUGCUCAUCGUGUCCACCGUCUCAGUGUUCGACAGGAGGCGUCGCAAACGCUGGACAGGUGGCGCUCUCUGAACGUGGCGCGCGCCUCGCUCGUCAUACUCGGCUGGCUCGUCGUCAGUCUACGACCGGGAACGGACGUCCUCGCUAAGCACCUCGGCGGCGCGACGGCAAGCGUCGGGCGGAGCCGGGACAGCGCACAGCAGACGAACGCCUUCAGGAGCGGCUCCGCGUAACGUCGGCGACGACGACAGCGGCGAAUUCUGUAGUGCAUUUUGCGUCACUGUUGCAUCGUGCCAUGCGGUGCCGCCACGUGGCGAAAAAUGUAAAUUUGUGGUGUAGUAACGCGUCACGUAUCCGCAUGGUGAGAUGAUGCUUUGCAGAGUGUGAUGUCAGAGUGAAGUGAGAGUUUUGUUCAAUUUCCGUCCGAUUCGUGCGCGAUUAAAUUACCUGUAAAUUAUAACUUUUGUAAGUAAUGUUUGCCAGAUUAUGCUCCAUGUAUAUAGAAAUUAUAAUCUAGUUUGUGUACUCAAUGCUCUUUUUUAUUAUAUAUUUUUGUAUAUAGAUUGACGGUCUGCAGACCUAUUUCCGUAGCAGAUGUGUAGUUAAGUCAUAGUGUUUUAAGUUACACUCUUACACAUUGUGUGAGUUUCUUUUUAACGAUGUAUGUUUAUUACAUUAUUUACAUUAUGUACUUAUUGGUAGAGUAACCAAAUAUGUAUUAUUUCAACAAAGUAUUUUCAACCAUAGAUACAGAUUACAGAAUAUGUGGAAAUUUGGGAUAACAGUGAAAUAAGCUUUUUGAAAUAAGACAUUUGAAUAAAUUAUUUUUAUCAUACACA